AUGUACAACUCCGCGGACCGCAUCAGUGAGUUGCCACUUGAAAUUCUGGCUAGUAUAGUGUGUCUCUUGCCGCUAAAGGAAGCAGUGGCUACUAGUGUUCUAUCAAGGCACUGGCGGCAUGUGUGGGCGUCUACCUUGACACUUGAUUUUGAUCCCGAGAAAACUUUGUUUGGCUUCACAUACCUUAGUCGAACGUUACAAGACAAGAAAAGUCGUAGGUACGUCAACUGGAUCAAUCGUGUGAUCGAGCAACAUAAUGGCCCUAACAUCGAAUCAUUUAGGGCUUGCUUUGAUCUAGAUUGCCGUUUUACAAGUUCCAUCGAUAAAUGGAUUGAAUUUGCAUUGAAAAAGAGAGUUCAAGUGUUUGUCUUGGAUUUUGUUAAGAUAUAUGGUUUCAACAAAGAUGCAUAUGCAUUUCCGCGCAAACUGUUAGGUCUCGAAAAAGAGUUUGCUUCAAAUCACUAUGUUGGAUUUAAAUAUCUCAAAGUUGUUUAUUUUGAUAAUGUUGAUGUGACUGGAGAAAUUAUUGAGUACUUCUUGUCACACUAUCCAGUUCUUGAACGAUUAUCAGUGUCUUUUGCUAAAAGUUAA